UUUCUCACAGCACGGGCACACAUUAUAUGUACGUACUGUACUAGGAUGUUUUUAUUCCCAGAAGAGGCGUACCCGAUAUUUUUCAGUAAAACAAGAAGAAAAUGGGGUCGGCGAGUCAACUCCUGCGUAUGUCUUUCAGUGACAGCAGGCUCCUUGACAUCGCCGCGUAACAAAUCGUGGAAUGGUCCACGGACGGAGCUCGCUACUAUAUAUAUAUGUGAGCAUCAUCACGGCAUGGAGGUUUGGAGUUUGCUCCGGGCUCAAUUCACGCGGGGCACGUCGACAACAGUUUUUUUUUCCAUUCCGGAAAAACGAGGCUCGUAUCAAGGCAGUUCCGUUUUGUGCAGGCUUGGUGUGAAUAAAACAACUGGGAAUGAAGACUCGACGAGGAGUUUUGGUUACAAACUCUCCAAUUCAAGUGCGCCGUUCCAUUGUGAAGUGAAUCAUCAGCCCUCCAAUCUCCUACUAACGAUUUUAAUGAGCCUUAGGCGCUUCUUCGGUAGAGAAUUAACUCCAGAAUUCUGA